AUGGAUUUAACUUUGACAAGAGUUGAUUAUGCGCAAAUUGGUGUGACAUGCAAGCGAUCGAUGCGAAUUAUUCCGGCUAAUCAAAGCACGAAAAGAAAAUCGAAAUUUCUGGAUAAGGUUGUUUGUAGUGGUCAGAAUGGAAUUAUUUUGUGUUUCGGUCGAAAAGAUGAUGAAACACAAGUGAUUUUCAAAACUGCUUCUGGGCCAAAAGUAGUAUGUAUCUGUUUGGGUGGUGCACUUGGAAUGGUACAAGAUAAAAUUUUUUGUGCCUAUGAAGAUCAUGUCAAAGGUUAUACGAAGAAAGGGAAACAAUUUCUUGCAUUUGAUUCUAAUAUGAUUGAACCAAUAUCAUGCAUGUAUAUAUAUGGCAUUGAAAUGUUUCUUUGUGGUGAACGAAAUUUCAAUCAUUUUCAUGAUUGUGUUGAUGCUAAUGCUUACCUAUGUGAUGAUCAAAUUAACGAUGUACUCUGUUUACCAGUAGUGGAAGGUUCAUGGAUCGGUCGAGGAAUCACACCAAUUAUUGCUUGUAGUGAUAAGACUAUUAAGAUAAUUAAUGGUAGUAAAUUAUGUUAUGAAAUUGGUUUAAGCGAUAUACCAAAUGUGUUACACCUUUUUAUGAAUGAUGGAGGUUUUAAUAAGCAAAAAGUUCUGUAUGGUACCAAAGAUGGUCAUCUUGGAUUGGUAGAUUUAUCACCUGAAAAUGGAACAUUAUUAUGGGAAAUUUCAACGAACAGUACAAGUGCCAUAACAUGCAUUCAUUGCUAUCCAAUGACCAAUGGUCCAACACCAAAUAUUAUUAUCGGAAAGGAAGAUGGUCUCAUUGAAAUUUAUAUGAUUGAUAAUACUGAUAAAGCUACUUUCUGUAAAAGUUAUCAAUGCGAAGAUUGUGUACUAAGCGUUCAAUGUGGACGAGUAUCAUCGCCUGAUUUUGAUGAAAUCGUUGUUUGCACUCAUUUGGGUUGGGUUUUUGCACUUACCACAGAACCGAAAACGAAAUCAAAUUCUACUGUGGCAUUAUCACCUAACGUAAAGGUCAAGGUUCAACAACUUAGAAAUGAAAUUGAAAAGCUGCAGGAAAGGAUUGAGAAAGAACGACAACGAUAUAAUAAAAUAACGAUGUCAAAAGAUAGCGUUCCAGUAUCGAUACCACAUUUUAUCAUUAAUGAUCAAUUUAAACUUGAUAAAAAAGCUAUAUGCUAUUCAUUAAUCAUCGAGCUAAUUAUACCAAUUGAUUUCAUCUUACUUCAGAGUGAUGUAGCAAUGGAGUUGCUUGAUGUGGAACGGAAUGCAGCGAUCAUUUCGAUUACACCACCGGAUGGAACGUCAAAAAAUGAGUUGCUGGCAACAUAUCGCUGUCAGGCCAGUACAACAAGGAUCGAAAUCAAAAUGCGCUCAUUGGAAGGUCAAUAUGGAUAUCUUCAAGCCUAUAUUUGCCCAAAAAUCUAUCCCAAAACUUGUCAGGUGCGCAAUUAUGAAAUUAAACCCUUAUCAUUAUAUCAGCGUGUACAUCAAUUUGAUUCAUCAAGACCAAUGAAUGUAUUGAAAUUAACCGGGAAUUUUUCGAUUGCCGAAGCACAUCAUUGGUUAAGUCUUCUGAUUUUAGAAAUUCCCGAUCGAACACCAGCACAGGAUUCUAUAACAUAUAAUUUUUCGUCAAUUUUAAUUGACACACAAAUGCAAGCUACAUAUAGUCGUGGUUCAGCCGUUUUUUGUAGUGAUAAUAUUUCGACUAUUGCGAUCAUUCGUGAUGUCUUGAGUAAAGAAGUAACCAAAAGGCAAGUCAGAGUGGACAUUCAGUACGAUCUCAAUGAACAAAGUAUUUUUCAUGUCCUUCAACUGCUUCAUCCAAAACUCGACCAUCAUGCAAGCUUAACAAAAAAGUUGGAAUUAUCUCGAGCGCUUAAAGAACUAGCGGAUAAUGUGGACGACUUAUCUUAUCUAUCUGCUGAUACAAAACAAAUCAUGGAAUCAUUUGAUGAACUCCAUAAAGAAAUGGCUUCCUGUAGAAUGCAUUUCGAUCGUCUCACUACUAUCAUUGUGAAUCUAUACAUCGAUAGAGAACGAAUGGCUGGACGAAAUGGUAAAUCAAAAGUGGAUGAGCUUCUCGAUAUCAUAGCAAAUUAUGAUCGUAACAAAUUGCUACAAUUUUUUACGACUAAAAUUUAA